AUGAAGACCACCGGAUCUAUCCUCGCCGUCGCCGGCCUUGUCUCCAUGGCCAACGCCCACGGUUUCGUCACCAGCCCCAAGCCCCGUAUGCCCGGCUCUGCCAUGCAGUCUGCUUGCGGUCAGCAGGUCAAGACCAACCAGGAGUCCGACAACUACGGCAACAUCCAGGGUGAGCUCCAGGUCGCCAGCGGCCAGAGCGACUACGACGCCGCCAAGUGUGACAUCUGGCUCUGCAAGGGUUACAAGUUCGCCGACAACAAGGACAACGUCUACUCCUACAAGGCCGGUGAGAAGAUCAACUUCGAGGUUGACAUCCGUGCCCCUCACACCGGUGUUGCCAACGUCUCCGUCGUCGACACUGCCUCCAACUCCGUCAUUGGCAGCCCCCUGAUCUCCUGGGACGAGUACGCCUCCACCGCCUCCGGUGUCAAGGACGACGAGACCAGCUUCAGCGUCACCAUGCCCGACGACCUCGGCAGCAAGUGCUCCACCGCCGGUGACUGUGUCCUCCAGUGGUACUGGUUCGCCGAGUCCAUCGACCAGACCUACCAGUCUUGCGUUGACUUCACCCUUGGUGGCUCCGGCUCCUCGGGCUCCUCCGACUCCGGCUCCAGCUCCAGCUCCAGCUCUGCUGCCGGUGCCGCCUCUACCACCGCCCCCAUUGCCAUCACCACCACCCCCAGCACUGGUAACCAGGUUGUCUCCAGCGCUGCCCCUACCACCCUGGCCACCAGCGUGAAGCAGGCUGCCACCACUGAGGCCGCUCCCGUUGCCACCACCGCUGCUGCCUCCGCCUCCACCUCCAUCCCCAAGGACGGCACCGCUGAGGAGCAGCUGACCUACGUGGCCAGCAUCUUCAAGGCUCUCCUCAACUACGCCAACUAG